UUUAAGUAACGUAUACCUACAUCUACUGAUCCAGCCUGCUAAAUGCUACAUUGUAAAGGUAGAUAUGAAUAAAUUAUAGGUGAAUAGACCGGACAGAGAGGGUCAUGGUGCCGAAGAGCCAGUGAGACAUGUUGCUGUCGCUGGGCGGGCCUAAUGCCGCUGUGCGCCACGCGGGGGGUGUCAAUGGAAGGGGAGGAAGAAAAAAGAAAAACGACUGAAGGGAGUUACCUUUAGCGCUCUGCGAGAUAUGAGAUCGGGCCAUUUUCCAGGCGGUCCCCUGUCCCAUUAAAGAAGAAAAUCACUGGGGGGGGAAAAGACCCAAAACGCAGAGACCCAAAACGCAGGUAGAGAGCGAAGAGCGCUUUUCCGCCGGCGGGUCAGUCGGUUUGUACGGCGCGUGCACAGCCUCUCUGCCCCGCGCGCGUUCGCGUGUUUACAAGCGAGUGCCACAAACGAGUAAAGGACGACAAAAGACAAGGAAGGAAGGAAGGAAGGAAGGUAGGAGGGAUGGUGGACAACUCGAGCGGCAGUAAGGCACAUAUGCCCAGCAUGUCUCAGGAUCCUGGUGUUGCCUUUCCUCAGAGCACCUCUACAGGGGGGAUGAAGCUGGAGGCGGUAAUGGAGCAGCUCCAGCGCCAGCAGCAGGCCCGACUGGAAAUGGAGCGCAAGGAGAGGAAGCUGCGAGAGGCCCACAUCAUGUAUGCGCAGCAGGUUGCCGCCCAGCAGGCCAUCCUGGCGGCUGCCCGGGCGUCUGGGGCCAGCUUCAUGGGCAAAGGCCUGGCUGGGGUGGUCCCUGGUGUCGGGUUGCCUCCUAGGGUCUCCAAUCAGAGCAGUGUGGACUCUGAAAGGGAGGACGACGAGGACAGAGGCCGGGAUUCUGGGGACGACGACGACGACAAUGAGAUGAUGGAGGGGGACGAGGGCAGCGACGAGGAUGAGGGAAGCGGUUUGGAGUUCCUCCGCAAGCAGACCCUGGCACUGCAGCAGAGCGCGUCCCGCAUCCCGGCCCGGCCGUAUGGCAGUUACUCUGCGUCAGCGCCCCAGAGGGCUGCGUCCCCACCCAUCAGAGUGAAGCAGGAACCCGACGAGGGCCUGUCUCCAGCGGGGCCUCGCUCUGCUACCUCUCCAAACGGACAGGCCGAUUGGGGCUUUGAUGAUCACUUCAGACAGAAUGGGAGUGCAGCCUGGGCGGAUGACGCCGACGGUAGCAGAGGGAGAGGAGAGGCCUCCAGAGACUUUGCUAAGCUGUAUGAACUGGACAGUGACCCUAAAAGGAAGGAGUUUUUGGAUGACCUCUUCACUUUCAUGCAGAAAAGAGGAACCCCAGUCAAUCGUAUCCCCAUCAUGGCCAAGCAGGUCCUGGAUCUGUACAUGCUGUACAAGCUAGUGACGGAGAAGGGAGGCCUUGUGGAGGUUAUCAAUAAGAAGAUCUGGAGAGAAAUUACAAAGGGACUCAACCUGCCGACCUCCAUCACCAGCGCCGCUUUCACCCUGCGCACACAGUACAUGAAAUACCUGUACCCCUAUGAGUGCGAGAGGAAAGGCCUCAGCUCGCCCGGCGAGCUCCAGGCCGCCAUCGACAGUAACCGACGCGAGGGCCGUCGUCCUAGCUACAGCAGCAGCCUCUUCCGCUUCUCCCCCUCCCCCAGCACGGCUCCCCACAUCCUGUCGCCCCCCAAGAUGCACCUUUCGGCUCUGGGGGCCGGGGCCUCGGGGGUCCUCAAUGGCCUGCAGGGUUCACCGGGACACUCUCUGAAGAAAGAAGACCUGACCCCCUCUAUCAUGGCAGCGAGACCCUCCAUGGCACUGGCCCUGGGCAACCAGCAGGUGGCGGGUUUGGCGCGGGCCGCCACGCUGGAGCAGCUCAGAGAAAAGCUGGAGACCGGAGGAGGAGGAGAGGGCCCAGAGAGGAAGAUGGCCCGCCUGGCUGAGGAGCAGCAGCGCCUCAUGCAGCAGGCUUUCCAACACAACCUGCUGGCCAUGGCGUCCCAAAUGCCCAUGAACAUGCGGCUGGGAGCCCCCACCAUCACCACCCGAGAUGAGAAGCAGCAGGACAUGUCUCUGAGCAUCUCAACCAAUGGAAAUGCCAGCAUCACUGUCUCAGUGGAAGUCAAUGGCACCAUCUACUCAGGAACCCUGUUUGCCCAGAAGUCCGGUGGGGCCCCGGCUGCUGCUGCCGCUGCUUCUUCGGCCCCCUCUGCUGGAGCCAGCACUAGCUACAGCUUCUCGGCUCCGCUGGGUCAGACCCCCAGCCCCACGUCCUCCUCCUCCUCCUCCUCCAAGGGCCCCGGCUCCGCUGAGGCGGCCCCCAGCGGGUCCCCCUAACGUGGUAGCGGCCCUUUGUCCCAGGCCUCUCUUCCACCGGGAGGCCCAGCAAGAAACAGUACAGAAUAACAAACUGUUGCACAACAAAUACCUCAUCGACCCCGUCAACCUCCGGGCACCAAUCAUGAACACAGAGCCCCAGGAUCCUCUACGACGACACGUGCCCAACCGCACAGCUAUGCAUUUUACUCUGCACACAGACACGCACUACACUACAAACACUCACGAUUCUACACACACACACACACACACACACACACGCAUACACGGGUUAAUCCUGAUGUAAAUGCUAAACACAAUCAGCUCAGCCAAACCUCACUGACUGGUGUAGUCACAACUGAACUUGAAACAUUUUAUCUUUUAACAUUUUGUUUGUUUGUUGCCAUUUUGUCAUUUUUUGGGGAUUUUGUGUUUUUAGGAUUAUUGUUUUUAGUUUUUCUCUUAUUACAUACCUCAAAUCAAGUAACCUGCAGUGGUAUCUUUACCUCAGGAGCUGUAGUAUAUUUAACCUGAAUCAACUUUAUUUUUAUAUUUUUUUUUAUUUUUAUUUUGUGUGUGUGUGACCUAGUUGCAAUCAGGGGAAGUCUGGUAACUCUGCUCAGUGGAACCUCACAUACAGAGCCCCCACCUCACAGUGGCAGCCCACCCCCACCCCACCCAGGACACUCGGAUUCCCCCAACACGCUGUGGACUCAAAACGAGAUGCUGUGGAUCAGCACGUACCGUACCUCACCUCAGAUCACGUCCACUCGCUGUAUUCACACACCUCCCGGAGUGGACCGUACGCUCUCUCACAACCAUUCGCUGUCACAACACUCGACUCACUGCAGACCCGCACAAACUAUCUAUGAAGGCGUGGUUCACGCAGUUGGGGGGGCCGAGCGGAGCUCCGUUCUCCACCCGGCUCCUGUCUCUUUGUUGGAGGUGGUGCAGAAACAGGUGUGAGCUUGCUGCCCCCCCCCCCCAGCAGACAUCAAUGCUUUGUUCCUCAGGCGUCACACGGGCCUCUCUGCCCUGCAGGGCGUCUCUCUCAGGAAGCAACGUGACAUCUGCAAAGAACCGCCGCUGAAGAAGAGGAAGGGAUUCGACACCUGAAGAACGCACAAAUCUACGCAACAGUUCCAGAAUACCUCAUCAGACUUUCCCCAAGGAGAGCUACACUACAUACCUCAAACGGCUGCAAAGCCGUCAAGACGCGACGCCACGAUCCCUCCCCCCAUGAUGGAAAUCAUACCCGACCUGGAACGGACGCCAAUGAACUGACACACUGCUGCUGCCGGAACUGAGAUGGAUUCUCUCUCUCUCUCCUCCUUGUUUUAUGCUUGCUUCGGUUUCUUUCUUUCUUUUCUCGUUUUAUUUUUAUUUUGGUUCCUCAAGCUGUCUGAGAAGAGUGAUCUGCAUUUGGUUUUUCAGGGAAGAGGAAAAUAAUAGUUAGUUCCUCGCGAACACGUGUAGAUCCGUAGUCUUGAGGUCCCGGCGGGUCAAAGCAGAAAAGGAAGACGAUACAAUCAACCAUCUUAAACUCAACUGCAAAUUCCUGAAUCGCAGUUAACGAGUUGUCCCCCCCCACCCCCACAGGGGCAAAAUGAUACGCAUGUGUACAAUCUUGUGACCAGCGUUUAAAGACCUGGAUGUCCUGGUUCACGUAAGCCUCUGGUUUUUGCACAGCUAGACACCAAAGACAUCCAUCCCCGUUCUGGCCUUCAGAAGCAAACGCAACAUGGUGGGACUCGAGAGUAAAUCAGUACAUUUGUAACCAGCUUUAAAGCCUCAAUCUGGUUACAUUACAUUAUGAUCUCUAGGGGUGUUUUAUUGUUUUUUAUUGAACGCACCCUCCGGAGUGGACGCAUGGCCUCGCCAUGAGCCUGUUAUUAAACUUGAUUUAUGCCUCCAAUUGUUCCAAAAGGCAUUCUUCUCUUUUAUGACGAAGGGAUGACAAAGACCCUUCUGGCUUCAUCUGUGUUGAAUAUGAGGCAUUUUAACUGUUGGAAACCUCUUGAAGCCCAGAGUGAAGCGAGGUGGGCCACCUUGUUGCUUUACUAGACUCCACUGUAGCCGUUACGUGUCGGCUUUUGCAGAUGGUUUGCGGUGCAGAGCUCAGUUUUGGUUUUGAGGUUGGCCUUUUUGGGGAAUGCUUCAGAACUGACACUUGACUGUAUUUUAUUCAAAUUCAUGAGAGCUGCAGACGCUGCCUUAAAGUAGUUGCUGGGGAGAUCCUGCCGGUGCAGCUUUCUCUUGUCGACCACCCGGGGAAAGUGUCUUUCUCUGCGAGAUUAAUCCCUCGGAGAGUAAUCACUUUUUUAUUUUGGCGAACACUUCAAUCAGACGUUCAAACACCAGUUGUAUCGACUUUGUUUGGAUAUUUAUUUGUGCAUUUUUGUUUUCAGUGACCGCUCUGCUUAAUCCUUUAGGCCGUGUUACUCAAACCUUUCAUUGUUUGUUUCAUCUGCUUAGUCUAAGCAUUGGCUGUUGGUGUGUGUGUGUGUGUGUGUGAGCAGUUUCAUUAUAUUCAGUACAUGGUCCCUGUUCUGCAUGGCACACACUUGUAAUUGCGGCAGGUAUCUGCAGGUGGCACCACUGUAUCAAUGUAGAAAGUACUGGUUAAUCAUUCACUUCUUCUCUCCCUGCUUCACAAGGUGCGUGUGUGUGCGUGCGUGCGCGUGUGCGUGUGCGCGCGUGUGUGUCCGCCCCUACCUCGUCAUACCUCAGGGCAGUGGGCUGCAGUCUGUUCCAUUCGACUGAAGCUGCGUUGGGACGAGUGCUGCGGUCACUUCGCUGAAUGCAACAACUUUAUUUUUUGGGGGGGGGGUUGCAUUUUUUGGAGAUUUGCAUCGUCAGUAACUAAGUAACUAGGCGAGGUCUCGUCACUCAGGAAGCUGUGAAGUUGGAAGUCUGCAGAACCUUUUGUCUCAGAUGAUUUUGGAUUUAAUUCAGUUUAAAAAAACCUAACUUGAUCUGUGUAAAAGCAGGCGCAUAUGCAAGUGGUUAUUGAAUACCUCAUUUAUCAAUUUUAUGUUUUUGGCUUGUACAAUGCUCCGUAUAUUAAUUCAACUGUGGGGUUUGUGCAUAUUUUUGUACUGUUAUUAUUAUUGACAUGGUAAUGAUAUUACUGAUAUUAUAGUUUUCUCUGAUUAAAGCAAACAAAAAAAAGAUAUGACAAACACA